UGACGCUAGCCGUGCGUUUCCGGCUUGAGAAACCUUCGUGUUUCUGAGGAGACGUCUCAACUGGCAGUCACAGCGCGCGCCAGGAGCCUCCGGAUCCGCCGCUUCCAUCGCUGGCGUCGCCAUGGGAGCUGUGCUGGGCGUCUGCUCCCUGGCCAGCUGGGUCCCAUGCCUUUGUGGUGGGGCAUCAUGUUUGCUAUGCGGUUGCUGCCCCAACAGUAAGAAUUCCACUGUGACUCGCCUCAUUUAUGCUUCUAUUCUCAUCCUGGGCACUAUUGUAUCCUGCAUCAUGCAAACGGAAGGGAUUAAAAAUCAGCUGAAGAAGGUUCCUGGAUUCUGUGAAGGGGAAUUUAAAAUCAAGGUGGUUGAUUUAAAGGCUGAUAGAGAUUGUGAUGUGCAGGUCGGUUUUAAAGCUGCAUAUCGGAUCAGCUUUGCCUUGGCCAUCUUUUUCUUUGCCUUUUGUCUACUCAUGUUAAAAGUGAAAACGAGCAAAGAUCCCAGAGCAGCAAUACACAAUGGGUUUUGGUUCUUCAAAAUUGCUGCCAUUGUUGGUAUCAUGGUUGGAUCUUUCUACAUUCCUGGGGGUUAUUUCACCACAGUCUGGUUUGUUACUGGCAUGAUUGGGGCCACUAUCUUCAUUCUUAUCCAGCUGGUGCUGUUGAUAGACAUGGCUCACUCUUUGAAUGAAUGCUGCGUAAAUCGGAUGGAAGAAGGAAACUCAAGGUGCUGGUAUGGUGUUUUACUAUUUAUCACAAGCAUCCUGUAUACCCUUUCAAUCAUCACUGUCAGUUUGCUCUAUAUAUACUACACCAAACCAGAUGGCUGCACAGAGAACAAGUUCUUUAUCAGUAUUAAUCUGAUCCUUUGUGUUGUGGUUUCUAUUAUAUCCAUCCAUCCAAAAAUUCAGGAACACCACCCUCGUUCUGGCCUCCUGCAGUCCUCCAUCAUCACACUCUACACCAUAUACCUUACAUGGUCAGCCCUGACCAAUGAGCCUGAUCAAUCCUGCAACCCAAGCCUAUGGAGCAUCAUUACACACCUGACUGCACCAACUUUGGCUCCUGCAAAUACAACUGCUCCGGUCCCUACCUCUGAUCUACCAAAACAAAGUGGGCGUUUUCUGGAGUAUGGGAAUUUUAUUGGGCUGUUAACCUUUGCUCUCUGCCUUGUGUAUUCUAGCAUCCGCACUUCUACCAAUAGCCAGGUCAGUAAGCUGACCCUUUCAGGAAGUGAAAGUGUGAUCCUCCGUGAAACAUCUACCAAUGGUGCCAGCGACGAAGAAGAGGGGCAGCCGCGGCGGGCUGUGGACAACGAGAAAGAGGGCGUUCAGUAUAACUACGCUAUGUUCCACCUGAUGCUCUGCCUGGCUUCCUUGUACAUCAUGAUGACCGUGACUGGCUGGUACAGCCCUGAUGCAGAGUUCCAGAAUGUUACCAGCAUGUGGCCGGCUGUGUGGGUCAAGAUCAGCUCCAGCUGGGUCUGCCUCCUCCUCUACGCCUGGAGCCUUGUGGCUCCAGUUGUCCUCACCAAUCGAGACUUCAGCUGAACCUCUGAGUGCCCGGGACACCACAUAACGAUUGAUGGCAGAUACCAGGCUUAUGCUUGCUUACUAACGGGCUCAGCACUUUAUCUCUUUACUUCUUUGUGUUGGUCUAUUGUUUCCAUCGUGGUACCUACUCAGAGAUGUUCUAAGUCCUGCUGGGUGACUCACCAUGCCAUGCCUGUAACCUUGGGCGAAGAACAGUCAUGACUACCACAUAAAUACCUACAUGUACCAAGCAGUGAACACACACUGUCCACACCCCUGCGACGUGGUGGCGGUUCUCUCUUUUCCAGGUCAAACCGAGGCCGAGAGAGCUUGGUGAUCUGCCCAGUUACACAGAAACAAACCUCAGGCUUGGUUCUUUCCUCAGUUAGACCCCACUGUCCUUUGACCUACUAGGAUGCAGGAGAAAUGUCAACUAGAGACUGCUUGGACCUACAGAGGAGUCAGCUGGCGCUCUAAGCUUACCCAUCACUUAAUAGAGGAAACUUAGUCAUCCCCGAAGGUAGUACCUAGCAUCUUAAUAGGUCACUAUCUCUAAUGGCUGGCACCUUGUCAGGUAAGAGGGUGAACAUUUAGUUAAAACAUUUUUCCCAGUAAAGUGGCAUCUUAAAUGAUUUUAUUACUCACCAGCUGUAAAUGCAAUAAUGUGAAAUACUUGCUGCCAUUUACUAUAGGAAUGCCAAACCAGUACUAUGUCAAGAGUGGGCAGUAGGGAAACUAAGGUAUUUUAGAAAAGAAGAAAAUGCUGACUCAUAACAUAGACAGUAACUCCAGUGGCUUAUAAAGUGCGUCAUAACUACCUUGUAACACUGCUAUAAGGUGAGGACUGGGGCCAUUAGCUCCAUGUUUCCAGGUGUGAGAGAGAAACUGAGCGUAAGCCCCACGGGUUCCACCGGGAAGACUGACCUGAAGAGCUAUGUUGCAAUGUGAGUCCUUACCUGUCGAGUCAUCAGAAGCCAACAGUGAAUGUAUGGACAUCCUGCAUGAGUGUUUCUCACUGAGUCGUCACCAACACACAAGACCCACCAUGGGGACCUGGAUUUGUCUCUGGGGCAGAGUGCGUGCUCCUCUAUAGAAACAAAUGGGACAGGUAGAGAAACGGCUAAGCAUGCAGAGGCCCAUUGAUCAAGCCAUACCCGUCACCCUCCCAAGGAGUCCAGGUUUACUUAUAGGUGCUUCUAGAAUAAUAUGUUCCAUUACAACUUGGGUGUCAGAAGUUAAGAAACUCUGUAUUUUCUAAGAAGCC